GAAGUCAGUGAGCGAGUGGCGAACGACGUCACCAGCUAUUACAAAAAAAAGACAAAUAUUUAUAUAUACCAGGUAAACACAAGAGGAUUAUAAAUAAACUAAUAUAAAUAUUCUCUACAACGUUAAGGUAUGUUAAAGAACUGGGGAGCUUGGCUUGGAAAAGAAAAUGGGCAAGUUGGAGAAGAAAGAAAGUCUGGUCUCGAGGAAAAAAAUAAAGACAAGAAACCGACAAAUGUUGGUGAAAACGAGCAGAGAACAGAACAAAUACCGCCUCAAGUUGAGCAAAAAUCUAAAAGUUUCAGUGGUUAUAUAUCUAAUUUUGCCAGCAACGCCUCUAAGAAGUUGUCCGAGUCUGUAAUUGGAACAGCAGAAACCUUAAAGAAAAGCGUGGAGGAGGGAAAACUAAGUGAAAUUAUUGAAAAGACCAUCCUGGGGGAUUUCCAGAGAGAACAAGAAAGAUUUCUGAAAGAAAAAAACAAUCAAAAAUAUGGUGCUGCUGUGCCACCAUGGGUUGGUUAUUCUGAAGAGGACACCAUACAAGAGCAGAUUUUAGCUCUCUCCGCUGACAAGAGAAAUUUUUCGAGAGACCCUCCUGCUGGUGUCCAGUUUCAUUUUGACUUUGGCCAGAUGUAUCCUGUCGCCAUGGUGAUGCUGGAGGAAGAUGAGCUUCUCAGAAAGAUGCGCUUCCAUCUGGUCCCCAAACAGGUGAGAGAGGAGAUCUUCUGGAGGAAUUACUUCUACCGGGUGUCUUUGAUUAAACAAUCAGCCCAGCUCAGAGCUCUUGCAGUGCAACAGGCUUCAAAAGCCGAGGAUUCUCAUCAGAAUGAUGCAGUUAAACGUCAGUCUUUCCCUGCUGCCUACAGUCCUAAAUCAAAUGAGAUAAACGAUGAUGACCUGCACAAAGGAGUGGACCAGCUGGUUCUGUCCAAGAACAAACAUCCGCACUCACAGCAGGAGGAGACGCCGGACUGGGAGAGGGAAUUGCAGGAGGAGCUUGAGGAGUACGAUGUGCUGCUUGAUAAUGAGAGCCACGAUGAAAAUUGGGACAGAGAGAUCGAGGAGAUGCUCAAGGAUGACAGUUAGUCAUUGGAUGGACAGUUUUCACAGCUUUGUGUUCAUAAGAGCAUAUUGAUUUGUUACAGGACUGAUCUCUGAUGAUCGAGAGUGACUUCCAAAUACCAUUGAGACAUUUUAUAGUAUGACACUUGGAUAAACCUUCACUAUUUGAAUUUUCAAUAUCAAGAACUGGUAACUGACCUAACGAUGUAACAGAAUUAAUUCCACUUAAAGUUUUUUAAGUUAUUUAAGCCACAGGUUAAUAGUGGUCGUACCAAAUCAAGCAACACUGGAGCAACAAAACCAGUGAGGGUCUUGGAAUGUGUGGAAUGUAGUCUGGCUGGUUAUAAGGGUUUGUUUUUUUGAGACAUUUCAGGCGUCAUAACACUGAAAUGUAAAUGAAACUAAAGUAGUUGCUACACGUAAAGGUUCCAGAUGACAUAUAAAGUCUUUCUUAUCUCUAGGUGACGACCUCAACCAAAUCCAGAGAUUUUUUGUGUGCCUAGUGAAAUAUAAAGUUUAUUCUCUGACUGACUGAGCCAAUUUAUUUUCUGAAUAUAUAUAUAUAUAUAUAUAUAUAUAUAUAUAUAUAUAUAUAUGAAUAUAUA